CUUGUAAUUAUCUCGAGCUUUCACUCUCUUUCCAUCUCCCACCGUAGAAAAUUAGAAAUUAAAAUUAACAAAAAACUUUAUAUAACUUUUUUUUCCUUUUUCUUCUCAAAUAUAUAGCUCACACUAAUACAUUAUCAUAUACAAGUUAAGAUUUCACAAAAGAGCCAAGAAGAAGAACUAUGAGGAAGCGUCAAGUGGUGUUAAGGAGAGCAUCGCCGGAGGAGCCUUCUAGAAUCUCCUCGACGGCUUCCUCUCGGAUGUUGAGAGGUGUGAGAUACGGCGAGUGUCAGAAGAACCACGCCGCAGCAGUUGGAGGCUACGCCGUUGACGGCUGCCGGGAGUUCAUGGCAAGCAACGGAGAGGAAGGUACGGUGUCAGCGCUAACUUGCGCCGCCUGUGGCUGCCACCGCAGUUUCCACCGGAGAGAAACCGAGGUUGUUUGCGACUGUGAGUCACCUCCCUCGAGUGGGAAUUAGACCAGCAAAACUAGAGCUGGCUAAAAAAUUGUUCCUGUCUUUGUGUGUUAUAUAUUCUCAUAGGGUGAAACUGAAAAUAUUAUAGCUUUCUUAAUGUCAAGGAUUUGUGUCUCUUUAAGAAUUUUCAAAGUACACUUAUUAUAUAUUGAAAGUGGUAAAAGAUUUAUUGUAAUUGGAUGCCUUCUGAGUUUGAGAAUGUUUUGGAAAAUUGGGUUUUAAAUAAAAUGUGAAGAUUAUUGUUGUUUCAUGUUUUAUCAUGUUUGAUCUU